AUGCUAGUUAGAAUUUAUCACUGGAGCACAAGAAUCUUAUCGUAUACAAGGAGAAUCCAACUUGUUAAAAGCGUUUUGUUUUCUAUAUCUAACUACUGGCUCCAAAUCUUUCCUUUGCCUAACAAGGUUUUAGCUCAUGUGGAAAGUCACUGUAGAAAAUUUCUCUGGAAUGGUACAGAGAAUUAUACUAGGAAAGCGCCUAUCUCAUGGGAUCAUGUGUAUGACCCAAUUGUUGUUGGAGGAAUGAAAUUGAUUUCUCUCAAAGAGUGGAACAAAGCCACUAUGGGUAAAAUAUUGUGGAAUAUCCAUUCUAAGAAGGAUAAGCUUUGGAUCAGUUUGAUACACAAGUACCAUAUGAAGAAAGAGGAUGCCUCUAAUUACCAGCCCAAAGGAAACUGCUUACGGAUAGUCAAAGCUAUCUUCAAGCAAAGAAGUGAUAUCAUGCAUUCUAUUGUAUGGAACUCCUUCAGGCGUCGGGAAAGUAUGUGA